AUGCAGAUGCACAGAGUCAUAAACUGUAAAUACUCAACAGCCAUUCACUGGGUUUUCAGUGGGUUCAGUGAUAUUUGCGAAGAGGCAAAGACACAUAAUGAGGAGCAGUUAACAUGUAAAGGGACCAUGCAGUGGGACAACACAAGGCGAUGGACCUGGGUCACACACCAGUCGUGCUUUAACACACGGCUGCAAAAUCUACUACAGGUGUUCCACUGCGCAAAAAAGCUGUCGUCUGAACACUUCUUUGUGCUUCAAACCCAACAUCUCAACGUCAGUGCCGACUCAGAGGAGCUGACUUUUCUUUUCAUCGUCUAG